AGGGGCGUGCCGGAAAGCACGAGCGCCUUCUGACGCUUCAACUGUCCCGUCUGUGUGAGUGGUAGCUGGCUCAACACGGCGGCGGCAUUGACAGCCCGGCUUACUGAGGCGGAGGAAUAGUGAAGGCACCGCGUCAGAGUCCCGUUUGUCUAACGGUUUGUCUCACGGUUUGUCUCACGGCCGUCUGAGCGGCGCCGGCUGUUGGUGAACCAGCGUGAACCGGAGCUGACAUGCGAAUGUAGCCGUUAGCAAGCGAGCCGAGGCCGAGGAGAACUGGCUGCUCGUGUCCUUCAACCAGACGGGAGCAUCAAUGUUUAACACGAGCCCGUUUACCGAGCUCGUCGACGCCGAAGAGGAGGAUGCGCAAGGACGUGCGGAUAUUAUUGGUGGGAGAGCCCAAAGUGGGGAAGACCUCUCUCAUCAUGUCGCUGGUCAGCGAGGAGUUCCCGAAAGUGGUUCCCUACCGAGCUGAGGAAAUCACCAUACCUGCAGAUGUCACACCAGAGAAGGUUCCCACACACAUCGUGGACUACUCGGAGGCAGAGCAGACCGAUGAGCAGUUGUUUCAGGAGAUCUCCAAGGCAAAUGUGAUUUGCAUCGUCUACUCUGUCAACAACAAGACGUCCAUUGAAAAGGUGACGAGCCACUGGAUCCCCCUCAUUACUGAGAACACGGACAAGGACAGCAGGGUUCCUCUGAUUCUGGUGGGGAACAAGUCGGACCUGGUGGAACACAGCAGCAUGGAGACCAUCCUGCCCAUCAUGAACCGCUACAGUGAGAUAGAGACAUGCGUCGAGUGUUCAGCAAAGAACCUGAAGAACAUCUCGGAGCUGUUCUACUACGCCCAAAAGGCGGUGCUGCACCCCACAGGUCCUCUUUACUGUCCAGAGAGAAGAGACAUGAAGUCCCUUUGUGUCAAAGCCCUGACUCGAAUCUUCAAAGUGUCCGACCUGGACAAUGAUGGGAUUCUCAACGAUAAUGAGCUCAAUUUCUUUCAGCGGACGUGCUUCAACACCCCACUAGAGUCUCAGGCGCUGGAGGACGUCAAAAAUGUGGUGAGGAAGAAUUUGAGCGAUGGAGUGUGUGACAACGGACUCACUCUGACGGGCUUCCUGUUCCUCCACACCCUGUUCAUCCAGCGAGGUCGCCAUGAAACAACGUGGACGGUGCUGAGGAGGUUUGGGUACGACGAUGACCUGGAGUUAAAUCAGGACUACCUCUUCCCUCCGUUGAAGCUCCCUCCAGACUGCACCACAGAGCUCAACCACAAUGCCUACCUCUUCCUCCAGAGCAUCUUUGACAAACAUGACAAGGACCGUGACUGUGCCUUGUCACCAGAAGAGACGAGCGACCUGUUUGAUGUUUUCCCCUACAUGCCCUGGGGUCCAGAUGUCAAUAAUACAGUUUGUACUAAUGACCAGGGCUGGAUCACCUACCAGGGAUAUCUCUCCCAGUGGACGUUAACAACAUAUCUGGAUGUCCAGCGCUGCCUGGAGUAUUUGGGUUACCUCGGUUACUCAAUAAUUGCUGAGCAGGAGUCCCAAGCAUCAGGGAUUACAGUGACCAGAGAUAAGAAGAUUGACCUGCAGAAGAAGCAGACCCAGCGCAGCGUCUUCCGCUGUAAUGUCUUUGGAGACGUUGGCAGCGGCAAGAGCGGCUUCCUGCAAGCGUUCCUGGGUAGAAACCACAUGCGCCAAAAAACCAUCCGAGAGGAACACAGAUCCUACUACGCCAUCAGCACAACCUAUGUUUACGGCCAGGAGAAAUACCUUCUUCUUCAUGAAGUGUCCCCUGACUUUGACACCCUGUCUGAUGCCGAUCUGGCCUGUGACAUCGUCUGCCUGUUCUAUGAUGUCAGCAACCCUUACUCCUUCGAGUACUGCGCCACAGUCUUUAAGCAAUACUUCAUGGACAGCAAGGUUCCAUGUAUGAUGAUCGCAGCGAAGUCGGACCUGCCGGAGAUCAAACAGAUGUACGGCUGCAGUCCUCUGGAGUUCUGCAGGAGGCACAAGAUGCCACCUCCCCAGUCCUUCACCUGUAACACUGCAGCAGCACCCAGCAGAGACAUCUACACCAAGCUGACCACGAUGGCCAUGUACCCCCACGCCCGGUUGCGCUGCAUGUGCACUUGUAACCGGUGCACCUUCUGCUUGUGUCAGAACUUCCUCAACUCUGAGCUGCUGCAGACGGUCAGGGCCAAACUCUACGCUGUUGUACUCAGAAGACACGUCUGCCAAGCAGACCUGAGGAGCUCGACCUUCUGGCUGAGAGCGAGCGCCGGGGCCACGGUGUGUGCCGUGCUGGGCUUCGCCAUGUACAGGGUGCUGCUCAAGCCUCGGUGAUUCUCAGGCGCCCGGGUCCAACCCUCUCUGCCCCAUGGUACAUGGAGAGCUUUAGCCAUCAGUCAUUGUCAUGUUUUGGUGGGAAGGAAAUAUUUGUCAAACCACACCUUAGCAAACAUUCCUCUUUUCUUUUGCAUUUUCUUUCGUCAAUUUAUUGUCAUGGGAAUAAAAAUAUAUAUAUAUUUAA